UUAGUAUAACAAUUUUGAACUUGUUAUGUGUUGAUUAGUACUAGAAACGCAUAGCCAAAAAAAAAAUUUAUUUUUGUCAUUUAUGAUAACAGCAGUUUUAUCAAGUGUUCCGCCAUAAUGUUUAGUUUUCAAAUUUUUUCUAAAUUAAUUUUAGUAACAUUGUUAUUAGACAUAUCAAUUCAGGCGGAUGAUAUUAAACCAUUAACAUCAACCGAGUAUGACACAACAACAACAAUUGAUCUUACAACGCCGCAACCAGGAACAGUAUCUGGUCGACGAAUGGAACCAAUGUCGGCAAUGUCAACAAUUCAAAAACGGCAUUAUUUCUUUGGAGCCCCAACGACAAUCCAACCAAACUUUAAUAAUGUUUUUCAAGUGUUUCACAAUCAGUUGAAACAGUUGACAGUUACAAACUUGGAUGCAUUUAAACUUUUAAUGAAAGAUCUUCUACAAUUGUUUUUUGUCUUUAAGACACCAAUGACAGUGAAACUUGCUUAUAUUUACCAGGAUCUAACAUACAUGAUUGCCGUAGUUUUCUAUUCAUUCAGAUAUUUAUUAGAUUUGUAUCUAUUUUGUUUGAAAUUUAAAGGAAUAAUUAAGGGUCAUGUAAUGUUCGCAUUGGUAUUAGUUAAAUUUAUACCAUCCUUAAUAUCAACAAUGAUUCGAAGUUCGUUAGGUAUGCGUAUAACGAUAGGUUGA